AGUUCAAAUUAGGUAAAUUAGGAACCAACAAAUCAAAUGAAUCCUUCUUUAGUUAAUCAGUACAACCUCAAUGUUUCUUUCUCUCUAUAAAGUACAAACUAGGUUUAUAGGCAGGCGCCAAUGCAUGCCCUCCCUCCUUCCUCCAGUAUAGUACGUCGAUCUGGUCUAUCUUCCAACUCUCCCUUUCCCUGUGUGGAGUAAAAUCCAUUUGAGUCGGAGAGCAGAUUGAUUCUCCUGAAAAAGCUAAUGACGACGACGAACACAGAGAGGCAGAGAGCUCUUCUUCUGUUGCGCAGGGACAUGGACGCCAGGCUCAGCUUUCUGGAUUCGAGCACGAGCUCGCUCCAAAUCGGCGAGAAGCUGUGUGCGUUGUGCAUACCAGUGGUUGGUCUGAUCGAGGCUUUCAUCUUCAGCUUAGCCGGCUGCUUCGAACAACACCGUCCACGUCGUCACCACCGAGCCGCUUUCACCCACGACGACGUCGUUCGCCUCGCUGCCACCUCCCCAUUUAGUGUAAAUGACGUGGAAGCAUUGCGUGAAUUGUUCAACAAGUUGAGCAGUUCGAUUCUAGAUGAUGGCUUAAUUCACAAGGAGGAGCUUCAGUUGGCUCUGUUCAAAACUCAAGCAGGCGAAAAUAUUUUUCUUGAUAGGGUAUUUGAUGUUUUUGACGAAAAGAAAAAUGGAGUCAUUGAAUUUGAGGAGUUUAUCCAUGCAUUAAGUGUAUUUCAUCCCUGCACUCCUCUUGAACAGAAGAUUGACUUUGCAUUCAGGUUGUAUGAUUUGAGACAGACUGGAUAUAUUGAGCGGGAAGAAGUUAGGCAAAUGGUAGUCGCCACUUUGUUGGAAUCCGGCAUACAGGUGCCAGAUGAAACUCUAGAAACAAUUGUGGAUAAGGCAAGGCUCAUGAGUGUUCAAUCUUUUUUAUUUUUUCAGUUUUUCUUUCUGUGUGCUUGCCAAACUUCCCCUGAAAUUUUAUACUCUGAAAGGCAUCUUUCUUUUCUUCAGACAUUUGAAGAUGCUGAUGCUGAUAAGGAUGGCAAAAUUAGCAACGAUGAAUGGAAGGCUUUUGUAUUUCAGCGGCCUACACUCGUAAAGAACAUGACACUUCCAUAUUUAAAGAACAUCACCACAGUCUUCCCAAGUUUUAUUUUCAACACUGAAGUCGAGGACUGAAAUGCUGGCAAGUUAAGCCAUGCCUAUGAUUUCAUCCUGGAUGCUGAAAUCAGAUGCUGUGUUGGAGUGUAGGAUUCUUCAUGAGACUGAGCUACCAAGAGAGCUGUGUUGUUCUGAUUUGUACAGCAUUGAAGGUUCCCCAGUACAACUGGCACAGGCAAUUUUGAGAUUGAGCUAGUGAAAACCAGCCGCAACCUUAGCAACUGGAAAAAUACAGCAUCCCUACUCCAGAGUGUUUCAGUUUUUGGCCUGAUUCUUUUAAUGAUCGAUCAACCUCUAUUUCUGCUGAUCGAUCAAAAUCAGCUCAAAUUCUUUUAAUGAUCGGUCAACCUCUAUUUCAGUUCCAAAAUCUCGAUCUGAUCAACUGGUUGAUUGUACGCUACUGUCAAUUUUGAAUGCUAUCUUGCACAUAUAAUCUGUUCGAGUAAUUUGUAAGACUAUCGAAAGGGAUAGCGAAGAACCCGUUCAUUUUAUUA